GACACCGAGGCACGCAAGACAGGUGUCACCAUCGCACGCGCGACACCCUUCGCGCCCACAAUUAAAGUAAAACCCAAUAAACAGCCCACGGACAUGAGAGGCCCAUAUAUGGCAAUUAGCUCGGUAAUCGAGAUUGAGAAAGUGAUGGCGAGGAGCGUGGCGGAGCUGCCGGAGGAGUGCCUGAGCCACGUCGUGUCGUUCACGUGUCCGCGGGACGCGUGCCGGUCGUCUGCCGUGUGCGGGGUGUUCCACGGCGCCGCGGAUUCGGACCUGACGUGGGAGAAGUUCCUGCCGUCCGAUUACAGGGAGAUAAUCUCGAGGUCGGUAUGCCCGCCGGAGUUUGUCUCUAAGAAGGAGCUGUUUGAGAAGCUCUCCGCCGCCCCGCUGCUCAUCGAUGGCGGCAACAAGGAAUACUUGAAAACGCUUGAAAAUGGUAACAAAUUGUUUGCAAUGACAUUUUGUGUGGACAAAUACACGAACAAGAGAUGUUACAUGUUAAGUGCCAGGGAGCUUUCAAUCACUUGGUCCUCCAAUCCCCUUUGCUGGUGCUGGAAACCCACCCAGUUGUCCAGAUUUCCAGAGUCCAUAGAGCUCAUAUCGGUGUGUAGGCUCGAAAUACUCGGAAAAUUCGACACCCGAAUGUUGUCCCCAAACACGACCUAUGGAGCUUAUCUCGUUUUUCAGUUAACGAAUCGUGCUUUUGGGUUGAGCGCCUCGCCAUUUGAAGUCUCCGUCGAAAUUGGGGACUGUAAAAAAAGGGGCAGAUUUUACCUGAAGCAGGACGAGUGCAAGGGGCAGGAGGAGCCUGACGUGGCGCCCGAGGCCCUCAGCCCACGUGGCGACGGCUGGUCAGAGGUCGAAUUAGGGGAGUUCUACGUCGGUGGGGCCCACAGAGAGGUGAAGUUGGAAUUUAAAGAAGUCAAGAGCGAGCACCUUAAGGGAGGGCUUCUCGUUGAUGGCGUUGAGCUUAGGCCAAAGCGUUUCUUCUAAGGAAAACGAAAGGAAUCUCUGUUUCCAAAUAAAAGAAGGCCAAAUAUUAUCAAAGAAAUAAAUUUGGAAGGGCAACAUAUAAAUUUAAUGUGGAAUAUAAAAAUGGAUGGCGGCAAAAUGUACCGGCAAUAUCACAAUCAUGUGAAAAUUUCGAUUCGGACAUGAAUGUAUACGUUGCAGACCGUAUACCGGACCAAAAGCAAAUCCAAACCCCAAUUUCGGGUCAGGUGAGAUAGCUAAACGGGUUGCUUAAUUUUGGGUUAAAUAAAAAAAAAGGUCCUUUCAAUAGGAGUUGGUGUGGUUAGUUCUAUGUUUGUGUUGGUUUAAGGCUUUUGGACAGUUGUGUUGCCUGAUUUUCUUGUUUUUGAAUUUGUGAUCAGGUUGGGUAUUUCUUAGAUUUUAGUUGGUGGAGAACAGUGACUGUGUUUGAAUAUCAUAAUAGUUGUUUUCGUUUUUCUUCUCAAUCUUUCUAUUUCAUUUUAUUGUAUUUUGUUUCUUUAUCUUGUCAACUCCAUUGAGGGCCUCCCUUUUUUUAUUUUUUGUGGCUGGAGGGGUAUUGUUCCAUCAGAGGCUGUAAUUAUUGAAGAUGUUGGUUUAUUAGUUGAUCAUUUCCUUUUGUUGUCUUGCUUUUCCUGGGACCAUUUGUCUUUCGUUUCUAUUUUGUACCAAGGCAUCCCUCAUUGCUAAAGGAUUAUGCUUGGUUUAUUCUUUCAUCUGAAGUUAACUCCUCAAUCAAAACUUACAUAAGCAC